AUGGCAACAAUACAGAUCGAGUGUGAUGCUAAAACGUCAUCUAUGGCUAAAACGAGAAUCAUAGAUAACAACAAGAAUGAUAAAAACAAGAUUGCACCCGUCAGAGAUUUGGAGAAGAGAGCCCCAGGGGUAAAGUCCGAGAAGCAGCGAAUAACGUUUUUAUUCUAUUCAAAUGCCACUGGAUCCCACAAGCUUAAGCUUUUGGUAAUUGAAAAGGCGAAGCAUCCACGCUGCUUUAAAAAAUUUCAGUGUCCUGCCGACUAUAAGAGCUCGAAAUCCACCUGGAUGACGUCGGCUAUUUUCAAGCAAUGGUUUCAUGAGUCAUUUGUUCCACAGGUUACAUCGUUUUUAAAGCAGAAAGCCUUACCAAUUAAAGCUCUGCUCCUAAUCGACAAUGAUCCUUCUCACUCAAAUGUAGCUGAACUGACAACGGAGAAUGGGCAAAUUUCGGCAAUGUUUAUGCCACCAAACGUUACUCCCCUCAUUCAACCGAUGGAUCAGAAUGCAAUAAAAAUCACUAAGUUGCAUUACAGAAAUAGUCUUCUGGCUUCAAUAGCAGCGACAAAUUGUUAUCGCGCAUUAAAGAGCUGUGACAGCCACAGCAACAAUUAUCAGGCAUCAACAGCAGUGAAAUAUCGCGAAAUAUCAGCAGCAGCAGCAGCAGCAGUGUAG